GUUUAAAAUACGUGAAAUAUUUAUGUUGGUGUGUUUCGUAAACUAUUACGGUGUUAAAAAAACGGUUUUAUUAACAGAAACAGAGGAUUCUAGGGAAUCUAUAGGAAAAGAACUGAUAUAUAUAUAUUAAAAUGGCUUUAAAACGAAUUACAAAGGAGCUUCAGGACUUAAAUCGCGACCCACCAUCACACUGUAGUGCGGGCCCUGUUGGUGAAGACUAUUUUCAUUGGCAAGCCACAAUUACCGGUCCAUGUGAGACUCCAUUUUCAGGAGGGGUAUUUUUUCUUAGCAUACACUUUCCUACAGAUUAUCCAUUUAAACCACCAAAGGUUUCCUUUAUAACUAAAAUCUAUCACCCCAACAUAAAUGCAAAUGGAAGCAUUUGUCUUGAUAUCCUGCGCUCACAAUGGUCACCAGCUUUAACAGUAGCCAAAGUACUGCUUUCAAUAAGUUCACUUUUGAGUGACCCUAAUCCUGAUGACCCACUAGUACCAGAAAUAGCCAAGUUGUAUAAAACAGACCGAGCGAAAUAUUGUAAAACUGCACAAGAAUGGACAAGGCGUUACUGUGUGGAGUAAAACAUCAGUCCGAAGUUAAUUGCAAGUGCAAAAUUUUGUUUUUGACUAUGUGAUGUUGUUUUGUACAUAUAGUAAUAUAGACUUACCAGUCUUUCAAUGAAUUUAACUUAAUCUAUUUACCCUUAAGUGUGAUAAUGUCAAAAACGUUUGUAAAUCCUUUGAAUGCAUGUAGUGUGAUUUAGUGCUGGUGAUGACAUUUCGCACACACCUAAAAAUAAUCCAACUGUCGCAUUUACUCAACCCUUAAUACUCGCUUAUCUAAAUUUCUAAAAAUUGCCCAGCUUUGUUACAUCCAUGUAGGUUGGUUCUGUAUACAAUGUACCCAAAACUUUA